AUGAAGCGCCCGCGGCGUGCUGCUACUGAAGAUUCAAUGGACCCGCGGGUCAUGACUGAGCGGCAGCAACUCGCCUUCCUCCUGCGCGCCACGGCACCUUCUGACACUUCAAGCAGCUCCAGUGACUCGUAUUCUUCUAGUGACAGUGAGGAGGACGUGCCACCGCGCCGGCCAGUCAAACGCAGUAAAACCCGGGGCAGUGAAAAGGAAUCACCAAGUGCAACAGACACGACUCCAGUGAUUUAUUGCGGUCGUGGACGACCGCCAAAGAACGCGAUUAAGUUACCAAAGAACACGGUGCAUCCACAUAGCCGUGUACCCAUAAGGAUGUCGCCCCGAGGCCAUGAGACACGAUCUACUGAACCUUUAGUCGCCACGACUAUUUCUGAGAGCUGUAAAGGUAAAAUUAUGGCUAGUCGAGCGCUUAAGGCCGAGACUAAAUUACGAGACAGGUCCAUGAAACACGAGAAGAAUAGUCCAUCAAGCGCUAGUGAUGUUGCAAUGCUAAGCCGCUCAGCUGCUUCUCCAUUCUGUGCACUAUGUUGUGAUUUGGAAGCAUUUUGCGACGCACCAUUGUUUUUGUGCCCAGCAUGCGAUCAGAAGUAUCCGACACAGCAAGCGCUCGGCCGUAAAUUUAAUGCGAGUGCAUGGAAACGAUGA